AUGUUCCUGAACAAAAAACCAGUCAAGGUCCAUAAAGUCACCGUCCCGAUCAAAGAGGAGAAGACGCCGCAAAAGCCGCGCAAUGGCGAUCCGCGACGCUCCUCUGCUGCCACGCGCACUGUCUCGACUCCACGACCCGUUCAGAGACCUCAGCACCUGUUAAAAGAGUCGCGGGACCGGUUCCUGUCACCUCAACCCAGCUUUACGCGGUUAAAGCGCAAGUCCGCAUCUCCAUCCGUCCAUUUCUCCAGCUCGAGCGACGAGUCAAGCGCGGAUGAGGCGAACGGGAUAGGCAAACGGCGGAAAACAGAGCCUGUCCGGUCGCUGGAACCGGACAAUGAUCGCGAUGUCAGAGAUACCGCGGAAUGGAUGGAGGACGACGUGAAUAAAUUCCAACUACUACAUGGCGCGGACCUGACGGCACUGAACGGGUCACCGAAGUACAAACCGGCGUUUGUCAAGGAGGGGGCGGAUGUUGUCAAGGUUGAGCUGCAAUACCCAAGCAAACUUCCACGAGAACGCUUCGACCUCCUGGUUCCCCAGGAAGACGAGGGGUACCGCCCGAUUGACGACAUAGUCCACACCAUCGACCAAAUCGCCCAACACUACCUCCCCCCCUCCAUCCGCGACCCCCUUACCGACGACGUCACCGUUUUUUCGCGCCGCUUCAAGCGCGCACUAAACCGCAAUUGCGCCGAGGAGUUUACCUCCACCGUCGACGAAUUCAACACCGCCCUGACCACCGCCCUCGUCGACGGUACCGUCGCCUCCGUCCUCAAAAUCACCCACACCCUUCCCUUCCCCCUCAUCGAGCGCAUCCUCGCCCAAGUCUACUCCCGCACCGUCUCCCCCGCCGUCGAGCUCCUCCGCAAGUACGAAAACGGCACCAACGACGUCUACGGCGAGCUCCUUCCCCGCUUCACCGAGCGCCUGUUCCGCGAAACCCACCUCAAACGCGACCAAGUCUUCGUCGACCUCGGCUCCGGCGUCGGCAACGUUGUCCUCCAAGCCGCCCUCCAAGUCGGCUGCGAGAGCUGGGGUAUCGAGAAGAACGACAACCCGUGCGCCCUCGCCGACAAGCAGCUCGCCGAGUUCCGCACGCGCUGCCGCCUCUGGGGCCUCGCCCCGGGGCCCGCCACCCUGAUCCAAGGCGACUUCCUCUCCUCCCCGACGAUCGACGCGGCGAUCCGGCGCGCGGACGUCAUCCUCGUCAACAACCAGGCGUUCAACCCGGAGCUGAACGACAAGCUGGUGAUGAAGUUCCUGGACGUGAAGGAGGGGGCGCGGAUCGUGAGCCUGAAGAGCUUCGUGCCGAAGGGGUGGCAGAUCAAGCCGCGGAAUGUGGAGGAUCCGCGGAACAUGCUGAGCGUGGUGCGGCGGGAGUAUUUUUCGGACUGCGUGAGUUGGACGAAUGCGAAUGGGGAUUAUUUUAUCGCGACGAAGGAUAGUGCGCCAUUGAGGCGGUUUCAAAAGGCGAAUGGGAUACGGUAG